GACAGAAUAGCAGUCUACUGUUACCGUGUUGGUGAACUUGGGAUGGGGACCGAACGAAGCACGUUUCUGUUAUAUAGUUUAUUGUGUUGAGUUUGUGCUAAGGUGCAUUGCAAGAAAAACCUCAAUGUCAGCGAAAACAGUUAUCUGGUCCACAAUUUGUAGGCUAGUAAAAACUAGCUUCUUUGUUAGGCUUAGGCCAUGUCUAAAAGCACAAGGGUGAAAUCUCAGACAAGCAUGCCACUCUCUCGAACAAGAUCAUUGAUCGCCAACAUUAAUGGCUCGUCGAGCACAUCAUCAAAUGAUGGCUUUCUCUCCAAUAUUCCUGAAAAAUUUACCAACGUCAAUCUCCCGCCUAUUAAAAGUCAGACAAUUGGAGGAUUUAAAUCGGGAUAUCAAGAUACAAUACAAGUGCAACAGUUAUUUCAACCUCUUUCAAAUCGUGCACAAACGCAACAUGGCGACAGCACUAAUGUUAGUAGUAAUACUAAUAUUACAACUAGUACUAGUAGCACUAUUACGAGAGGAUCGGUUACUAAACUUCCUGAAGUUCGUCCAGCUACAUCUGUGGACAGUAAUACCAAUGUCAGUAACAAAAAUGCACCUUCCAAAACUAAAACUCUUGUGGCUACACCAGAACAGGUAAUGAAAUUAUAUAUGCAUAAACUUACUCCUUAUGAACACCAUGAAAUUUUCAGUUAUCAUCAAAUAUAUUUCAUCGGUGCCAAUGCUAAGAAACGCCAAGGAGUCAUUGGGGCUCCAAGUAACUGUGGUUAUGAUGAUGAUCAGGGUUCUUAUCUUCAUGUUCCUCAUGAUCAUAUAGCUUAUCGGUAUGAAAUGCUAAAAAUUAUAGGUAAGGGGAGUUUUGGCCAAGUAAUAAAAGCUUACGACCAUAAGAACCACCAACAGGUAGCUUUAAAAAUGGUUCGGAAUGAAAAACGUUUCCAUCGGCAAGCACAGGAAGAGAUUCGUAUUUUAGACCAUCUAAGAAAACAGGACAAAGAUAAUACUAUGAAUUUAAUACACAUGUUGGAACACUUCACAUUCCGAAAUCACAUAUGUAUAACUUUUGAAUUACUCAGUAUUAAUCUGUAUGAACUCAUCAAGAAAAACAAGUUUCAAGGAUUCAGUUUACAACUUGUUCGGAAGUUUGCUCAUUCUUUGCUUCAGUGUUUGGAUACCUUGCAUCGAAAUAAAAUUAUACAUUGUGACUUAAAGCCAGAAAAUGUGUUGUUAAAACAGCAGGGACGUAGUGGAAUAAAAGUGAUAGACUUUGGUUCAAGUUGUUAUGAACAUCAACGAGUAUAUACUUAUAUACAGUCCAGAUUUUACAGAGCACCAGAAGUGAUCCUUGGAGCAAAGUAUGGGAUGCCAAUAGAUAUGUGGAGUUUAGGAUGCAUUCUUGCUGAACUUUUGACAGGCUAUCCCCUUCUUCCUGGAGAAGAUGAAGGAGACCAGCUGGCUUGUAUGAUUGAGUUGUUGGGUAUGCCACCACAAAAACUUCUGGACCAGUCAAAACGUGCCAAGAACUUUAUUAGCUCAAAAGGUUAUCCACGUUAUUGUAGUACUACAGUUGUAGCUGAUGGCACAGUUGUGCUUAAUGGUGGUCAAUCUCGGCGAGGAAAAAUGAGAGGUCCACCAGGCAGUAAGGACUGGGUGACAGCUUUAAAAGGGUGUGAUGAUCCUCAUUUCAUUGAUUUUCUGAAACGCUGUUUAGAGUGGGAUCCAAGUUUGAGAAUGACACCAUCAGCAGCCCUUAGGCACGAGUGGCUACGUCGUCGUCUCCCGAGACCUCCACAAAAUACUGUAGAUAGUAGUUCCUUAGAUUCUCAGUCUGGAACUCAAACCAGUAAUGUUGUUGGAACUACUCGCAACAGCCUGAUCACACGUGUUAAUACAAUUGGUGGUGCUAAAGCUCGAACAAUAGUGACCACUAUCACUGAAGACAUCCCUGGUACUAUGAAUCCUCAUACCAAAUUACCCCAAAUUAGCAACCCAGUAACUUGAUAACUUAGGGUUUUAGAAGUAAGAGAAUGUGAGUGCACUAUUUUGUGAAAGUUGACUGCGUGCAUGCAGAGCUACUUUUAUCAUAAAAUCUGUAUAGUGUUUUGGACACGGGUGCCUUGCUUUCUGCCAAGAUGGACGUCACUCCCAGUAUGUAAUGAUGUAGCU